UACGGGCGAAAGUGGUUUCGAAAGGAAAGCAGUGAGAGAUUUGGUUGGCUACUCGUCAUCAUCUGAAGAGACUUGGAGCACCUGAAGCUUCGGUUGUCUGCUCCGGCAGAUAUGAGGGCUCUCCACGGUGAGCGCACUUGGCUCUCCCUUCGCCGCCUCCUAGCGCGUCUCGGCAAUCACUGCCGUGCCCAAAUGUGGCUCUGUCCAGGCAUCGGGAUGUGAAAAAUCAAAGUUGGGCGCUGGAUGCUGUCAACCGUUGUUACUGAAGCUGAAGCUGCGUUCAACACACAAGCCUGGAUGUUGAUUUCUCACCUACUACUCCCAGGAAAACUGGUUUCAACAGACUUCAAUUUUCAGUCCAAACAGUGAUUUUUUCAUUGAUUUUUUUGGUUCAGAGAACAUUCAAAGACUUCCUAAAUCGCUCACCUCCAAUCUGUCUCUUGUAUUUGUAAUGCAUUUUUAACAGUGGUUUGUACCAGCUGCAUAAAAACAGUCAGUUUUAACAUCAUUAACAUUUUCAAGAUGGAUUACUCGAUUUUAGCUCAGUAGUUUUCGUUUGCAUAUAUUAUACUUCUCUUUCAGUGGUUCUGCAUGCAACUUGUCCCUUUAUUUUCCUUGAUGCAUUGCCAACAUAAUGGCUCAUUUGCUCGAGGCAUCAUCAUUCAAAUUAUGUUUUGACAAGACAGACUUAAUGUGAUCAUUACUCUAAUGGCUUUUAUGAGAAUGGCCUGAUGUCUCCUCUCUCUAGUAGUGAACUUAAAUAGGUGUGCGCUUCAGUCUGCCGUUUCUGCACAGGCCAGUUGUUGAGUACCAGCAUUGUACUGGAACUAAUGAUUCCUGUGCUGGACAAUAUGACCCCAGCUCCUCUGACACAGAACUGCUCCAACUGCAGCCAUGUUUUAGUCCCAGAGCUCAAUGUGGUCAAGGCUGUGGUUUUGGGUCUGGUGCUUGGUCUCUUUAUUGGGUUUGGAGUCGUGGGAAACAUUCUGGUGAUCCUCUCGGUGGUUUGCCAUCGACACCUGCGGACAGUCACGCAUUAUUUCAUAGUUAAUCUGGCAGUAGCAGAUUUGCUGCUGAGCUCCACCGUACUGCCGUUCUCUGCCAUUUUGGAAAUCCUGGAUCGAUGGGUGUUUGGACGGGUUUUUUGUAAUGUUUGGGCAGCUGUGGAUGUGCUCUGCUGCACGGCUUCCAUCAUGAGCCUCUGUGUAAUAUCUGUGGACCGCUACAUUGGAGUAAGCUACCCCCUGCGUUACCCAGCAAUCGUUACAAAACGCAGGGCUUUCUUGGCAUUGAUGCUGCUCUGGGUGCUGUCUAUCAUCAUAUCUAUUGGACCUUUGUUUGGCUGGAAAGAGGCACCGCCCGAGGACGAGUCCAUUUGUAAGAUCACAGAGGAGCCGGGCUACGCGAUCUUCUCUGCAGUGGGCUCCUUCUACCUUCCUCUGACCAUCAUACUGGUAAUGUACUGUCGGGUCUAUGUGGUAGCUCACAGAGAGAGCCAGGGCCUGAGAGAGGGCCACAAGACAGAGAAGUCAGACUCAGAGCAGGUGAUUCUCAGGAUACACCGAGGCAAUGCAACUGUCUCGGAUGACGAGGCCCUUCGCAAUCGCACACAUUUUGCUCUGAAGCUGCUGAAAUUCUCUCGUGAGAAGAAGGCUGCCAAGACCUUGGGCAUUGUGGUUGGCUGCUUCGUGUUGUGCUGGCUCCCCUUCUUCCUGGUGCUACCCAUCGGUUCCAUCUUCCCUGCAUACAGACCUUCAGACACCGUCUUCAAGAUCACCUUCUGGCUCGGUUACUUCAACAGCUGCAUCAACCCCAUCAUCUACCCAUGCUCCAACCAGGAGUUUAAAAAAGCUUUCCAGAGUUUACUUGGAGUUCACUGUUUGAGGACGACUCCCAGACCGCACCACCAUCAUCAGAGUCAGAUGCAGGGUCACGGCCAGCCCCUCACCCUGGGCCUCGACAGCAGGGGGCCUCCUUCUCGGCUCAGCCCCUCCUCCUCCAUGGCUCUCUCAAGAACUCCUUCCUCCAGGGACAGCCGGGAAUGGAAGGUCUUUUCCGGAGCCCCUGCGGGCGAUUCUGGACCAGCUGAAACGAGCAGAGCGAAAGUGGCCAAACUCUGCAAUAAAAGCUUACAUCGGACCUGCUGCUGCAUCCUCAGGGCCAGGACGCCCCCGCGGGAGUCCGGCUGCGCCCACCCCACCUCCGCCAGAAACCUUCCCACUAUUAAAAUCCAUCAGCUGUCCCUAUCGGAAAAAGGAGAGCCCGUAUAGCCACUGUAACGCUUCAUCCAUUUGUUAUGAGUAGCCUUUCAAGGUCGCACAUGAGAAUAAAUGCCCUUUUCCUCCGUUAACAUCACAAUGGAAUGAGCUGGUGGUGAAAUAAUGGCUGCUUUUAAAUUUAAAUUUCAAAUUUCAUCUCAGCUUUGAAAGCUUUCUGUGAUUUUUUUUUAAUCUUGAUGUUAUCACAAGAAAGCAAAUUUUUAGCUUUGCACUGCAAGAUACAGCUAAUAAGGCAAAUGAUCAAAUCUGGGAAGUGCUCGUAUGAAGAAAAGCCAAAAAGAGCGAAAGAUUUUCUAUAUGUUUACACAUUUUAUAUUCCAGAAAAGCAGUUGAAAUGUCUAAAGCUGUGAUGAGGGGGGCUCCUAUAUAUUGCAUGAGUUCAACAAUACUUUCUGAAAUGCUGAUCAGUGGUGCUCCUGUUGUCUCCAGAUUUUGCUUCCUGCUCCUGUGGUGAAAUUGUUGCUUGUGUACUGUUCUGUACACAGUGGAAACCGAGGGACCUCACAUACUUCUGUGUCACAUACAAUAAAUUUGUAAGACAUACUCCUAGCAAGGGAUUCAUGAGGACAUUUUUGGACCUUUGUGUUAUUUAUUCUAUUUGUUUUCUUUUUUCUUUUAUAAAUGUUCUUUUUUUCUGUUAAACUGGGUUUUAUUUUAAUAUAUAGCCCCUCAACAUUUCUAGUUCAUCUAUUCACAUUCCCACAAUUACAUGUACCUCUGAGCCCUGCCAGAUGGAUGUCUUAAUAUACUUGAGUGGAAUUUUAACUGACCUUGUGGUUGCUGGCCUCAAUCCUGACCGACUCCAAGCCUCUUAGAAAAAUUUACCAGAUUUAGCGAUGUCAUGAUAAGUCACACACAGUCUCAGGCUUUCUUCUCUCAGUCUCUACUCUUUGUGUUUUUGUCCUCUUUUUGUUUUUUGUUGGGGUUUUUUUUAGCCACAUUUCACAUAGAAAGAAGACGGUCUUUGCUUUGGCCUUUGUCAGGUCUUCGGUGCGCGCUGUGCGUGGUGUGCGUGUACUUCUUCUUAUGUGAGUGUUCAGUGGGAGUUCCAGACUGCAAAGUGUCUUUGUUUACGCAGAGGCAUCAAAGGGCAAGAGGACAACCUCUGCCAGCGCUAUCGAUUUGUUUUCUCCUGCUGCUUCCUCUGUAGCACCAUGAUGUACUCUCUUUGUGGGUGCGAGGAGGAAGAGAUGCGCUUGGCAUCUUUAAGCCAGUCUUCCUCUCUCUACACUGGAGUUCAGUCGUAAAAGGGGAGUCGACAGCUUUCAACCCCAGGGGAGGGACCCGGCAGUGCAGCCGGAGUGCUCGUCUGUGUCCGAGCUGUCAUUGACUGUGAACCUGUAAAUCACACGUCCCUGCGCAGAUGCCAUUAGGAGUAGAGCUGCCAGCUCCAGCAAUAAAGUACAGAUGGUACAGAUGACCUAAUUCACAUCUCCCUCUGUUAUCUCUCCAUAGAGCCCUGGGAUUAUAAAGAAAAAUCUCAGCCAGCAAAAUACCUGUGUGCAGCGCUUUAUAAAGUUAUACCAUCUUCCAAAUGCAAUCGCUGCAAUGAAUACUAUAAUUAGAUCUUAGGGGUUGUGGGAGUCAAACGCAGAGUGGAGCAGAUUAAGAGCGAUUCUCCUCUGUUUCACCAGAAACACCCACUGUUUUUAUCCAGCAGCCUAACACCGUGUAUUCAGGGUUAAAUUCCAGGGUAUGCCAUCUAUUCUUUAUUGUGCAUUUGCUGAUAAACUGAAAAAAAAGUGCAGACAAUCACUACAAUCACUGAACCUAAAGAGGGAAUAAAUGUAAGGCUUACUGCCUUCACUCACUUGUGGAUGAUGUUGUGGUCAUGACAAAUCAAUUCUGGGAGGGAUUGUGGUCUUAUAAUAGCACUGUCUGUUUCACUGGAUUGACAGCAAAGCAAGUGCUGCUGAUGACUCAUGGUUGCACUUCCCCAAGAGGGUUUAGCUUUGUAAACUUCCUGAUGUUUUUUCUUCUUCUUCUUCCUUUCUAAAGCUUUCAUCAGUGGGUGAAGAUGUUGACAUAAUAGGAUUCCCCUCUCCGGUUUAAUCAGAGUGCUCAUCAUGCUAAGUCCUAAUUGGACAACUGUCAAACAGCCAGGGGCUUCACUCUACAUAAUCACAGAAGUUUUUAACUGAUGUGAGCAUUCAGUGUGACGGAGAUGUCAUGUUCGGUUCAUUUUUGCUGGAAGCGACUGAGGAGCUAGAACAUAGAAGGAGAGUGAGAACCACAACCCUGUGGCUCCACCUAGUGUCUCACUGCCUCUCUGCAUGCACUUCCACAUAUUAAAACCUAUUGCAAAGGAU